UUCUUCCGGGUCAGAGUAUCUCCCAGCGGCGGAAAGACAAUCGGUUAAAAAAAAGGGAAAGGUUUCAACUGACGUUGAAAUGACUGAUCCUGACGUUGGGGCCGUAAUGGGUUUCUCCGGCUUUGGAAAGAAAGCUAGAACUUUUGACUUGGAGGCGAUAUUUGAACAAACUCGUCGGACUGCAAUUGAGAGGAGCAGAAAAGUGUUGGAGGAGGAGAGAAGUGUGGUGAGGCCCUCCGAUCCAACAAGCUGCGCUGGAAGGUCAGGCCACACUGGAGAUUCAACCAGAUCACCUGUUGACAGUGAAAGUGGAAGUGAUGACAGUGACAAUGGAAGUGAAAAAACUGGACCUACUUUACCGUCACAGAUGAGUAGAUUGGAUGUUGAGGGGGAGAGUGCUAUGGGUCCCCCUCUACCCCAGGGAUAUGGCAAACAGCAAUGUGAGACAGACGAAGAGGAGGAGGAGGAUGAUGGUGAUGAGGAGGAGGAUGAUGAAGAUAAAAACCCAUUAAAACGGAUUCCAGACUCGCAUGAAAUCACACUAACCCAUGGCAAAAAAACGGUGUCAGCACUGGGACUGGAUCCUUCGGGGGCACGACUUGUCACCGGGGGCUACGAUUACGAGGUGAAGCUCUGGGACUUUGCAGGAAUGGAUGCCUCAUUACAGGCAUUUCGAUCAUUACAGCCCUGUGAGUGCCAUCAGAUUAAGUCAUUGCAGUACAGCUCAACAGGAGAUGUGAUUCUGUGCGUGGCUGGAAGUGCCCAGGCCAAGGUGUUGGACCGUGAUGGCUUUCAGGUGAUGGAGUGUGUAAAAGGCGACCAAUACAUUGUGGAUCAAGCAAAGACCAAGGGACACACAGCCAUGCUGAAUAGUGGAGUCUGGCAUCCAAAAAUCAAGGAGGAAUUUGUUACUUGUUCAAAUGAUGGAACGGUGCGCACUUGGGACAUGAACAAUGAGAAGAAACAUAAGAGUGUUUUCAAGCCACGCUCCAUGCAAGGGAAGAGGGUCAUUCCCACCACAUGUGUGUACAGCAGGGAUGGCAAAUUAAUUGCUGCUGCAUGUCAGGAUGGCUCUAUUCAGAUUUGGGACCGAACAGUAAAUGUUCAUACGAAGUUUCAUAAUCGACAGGCACAUGCUCCUGGCAGUGACACCUCCUGUCUUAGCUUCUCAUACGAUGGCAACACCCUGGCCUCACGUGGUGGAGAUGACACCAUUAAAACCUGGGAUAUGAGGAAUUUUCGGAAUCCUUUGAAUGUGGCAUCGGGUCUGCCCAACAUCUUUCCAAUGACGGAUUGCUGCUUCAGCCCGGAUGAUAAGCUGCUGGUAACUGGAACAUCAGUGAAGAGAGGACAGGAGAACGGAAAGCUGCUGUUCUUUGACAGAGAGACAUUUCAAAAAUUGUAUGAGAUUGAGGUCACUGAUGCAAGUGUUAUCCGAUGCUUGUGGCACCCAAAGCUGAACCAGAUCAUGGUAGGGACCGGAAAUGGAUUAGCAAAAGUCUACUAUCAUCCAGUCAAGAGUCAAAGAGGGGCUAAACUCUGUGUCGUGAAAACAAAGCGAAAAGCAAAGCAGAGUCAGACUGUUACGCAGGAAUACGUCAUCACACCGCACGCUCUGCCCAUGUUCCGGGAACCCAGGCAGAAGAGCACCAGGAAACAGUUGGAGAAAGAUCGACUUGAUCCUGUGAAAUCCCACAAACCAGAACCUCCAGUAUCCGGACCAGGGCGUGGUGGACGUGUUGGUACUCAUGGUGGAACGUUAUCAUCAUUUAUUGUGAAAAACAUCGCUCUGGAUAAAACGGAUGACAGCAACCCACGGGAAGCUAUCUUACGUCACGCAAAAGAAGCCGAACAAAAUCCAUACUGGGUGGCUCCAGCCUAUGUGAAGACUCAGCCACAUGCUGUGUUUGCAGCCCCAGAGACCGAGGAAGAGAUGGAGGAUGAUGAGCCUGAGUGGAAGAAACGCAAACUUUGAGCGCAGUAUCGACCAAUGAGAUUGGCAGCAUCUUGGCUGGUUUCACAUCUCUGUUACUUCUUUCUAUGGUUGGCAGAGCACAGGGAUUGUUGGGAACAUCAGUUGAGGGAGGUGGAUAAUGAAUGAGUGAGUACAGGAUACUAAGGUGUAUGGAUUAUAUUUGGUGAAGGAGUGGGUUUUAGAGGGUUGGAUGAAUGAGUUGACAUGGGCAGGAUCAAUAGGGCAUAGGUGAGGGGAACAGUGGAGAUUAAUAUACUGUCCUUUUCUCUUUGCAACUGUGUCACAUGUCCUGCUGUUAAAUUUUAAUCUUUUCUGAUGUUCUUAUUUUAUGUUAAUAAAAUCUGAUGCUGAAAGAUCCAGCCUCUGAGCUUAAGCUAAA